AUGUCUUGCAGAAAAGUAAUGGCUGAACGGCUUGUCUUCGAUGCGCAACGCUUCAAUUCUCGGCGGCCGGCAGUUUGGUACACGCCACAUAAGACCCCUCGACAGGAGUGCAUUGACGAAGAUCGGAUUAAGAGAUCAAAACUUCACCCUCCGCAACCGGGCCACUUGUAUGAAUGGGUUCUGACACGAAUGGGUCGUCUCGACGCCUAUCCGUAUCGAAAUUAA